GGUAUGGCGUGACCACCGACGGCAAGGUCGUGUACAUCAACGCCUCUACUUGCGACAUGAGCUACAUGCCGCUGAACCCGCCGAUCGUGUUCGACGUGCCCAUCCCGGAUGACUUCACGAAACACUGACCGGCGGCCGAGCCGCUGCUCCGUGUGACGGACGGAGGUGACAGCCCCUGC